CUCAGCACAUGGGAGGGGACCCAGGGGAAAGAGGACAUACUUAUCCCACAGCACUUUCACACUACAUAAGUACUGUACACUCUUCCGACGCAAAGACAUGGCUCCGGCGGCAACUUCAAGCGCCCCUGGCAGCGGCGGGGGCAGCAGCAGCAGUAGUAGUACUACUACAGUGAACGGGCGUAAGUCAAGCAGGCCCGGCCAACGUACGCUCGCCUCCCCGAAUCCGCCGCCACCCAGCACACCGCAAAGCAAUGGCGACGACGACCCAUCCCCCAAACCUGGUAGCGGCCACCGACUCAUUACCUCACGCACCUCCCGCCACGCGCUCCUCCUCCUCUUCGCAUCUUCCCUACCGACCGUCGCGUCACACCUCUUCCAACUGCUAGGAACGUUGCACGGGAUAGCAGCCGCGAUCCUAGGACUCGGCAACCCCACCGACAACGGCGGCACCACAGGGAAAGUCUGGUAUCCCCGCCCACCAGGCUCAUCCCCACCUAACAACAUCAUCGUGCGGUUCUUCCGUCGCGUUUUCUCGCGGUACCGCCUCAUCCCGAUCCUGGUUGCAAACUACCUCGCCCGCCGGUUCCUUCUACCGUACAUCGCGACAAAACUGGUCGAGAAAUCGACGUUAAACGUCACGUCUGGGUCGAUUGAGAACCCGCGGAUGGAUGGCGUGAGCAUGGGGAUGAAGUGCGAGGUGUCGGAUGCGGGGCCGUUGCCUGCCACGCUGCGGUUUGAUGGGCCGGUGUAUAUUGCGUUCGAGGACGAUUUGCCUGAUUCUGCGACGGCGACCGCUAGCGACGGCCGAGCGCACAAGCCGAACGUGGUGAUUGCGGGGGAGAUUCUAGGUAUGCCGGAUAUGCAGGUCCGCGAUGGGAAGGCGGCGAUGGAUACGACAGUCGAAGUACGCGUUACGAACGCUGCGGCGUUUGGCCGGUUCGCGACCAUGAUGCUCCAGUCCGCGUCCUUUGAGAUGAUCUUGAUUGCGAAAGACGUGACGGUGCGCCCGUUUGAUUCAUCAUUGCUCGCUAUCAAAGGCGUAUCCAUGCGGAAAACCAUCGCGCUGAAAGGCCUGGACGGCAUGGAAGACAUCACGAUCCUCGAAGCGCGCACGGUCGGCGGCACACCCACCCACAUGCAGCUCUCCAUCGUCUGCGAAAUCGGCAACCCCUCCGAUCUCACCGUCAGCAUGGGCGACGUGACCCUCGACCUCUACCACGACGGCUCACACCGCGUCGGUUCCGUGCAAAUGCGCAACAUGUCCCUCCAACCAGGCAAGAACACCAUCACCGCAACCGCAACCUACGACCCCCGCACACCCGCAGAAACCCAAUCCGGCCGUCGUCUCCUCGCAAACUAUGUCACGGGGAAACAAUCCCAGUGUACCAUCCGUGGUUACCCCUCCCCAUCCUCUACCCUGCUUCAACGCUCCCCCUUCAUCCAUUCCCCGCAAUCCGCCACCCCGCGCGCGCCCCGACCGCCCUCAACACCUUUCCCUUACCUCCAACCCGCCCUCUCCUCGCUAGCGGUAACAUCCACCCUCCCUGGGGAAACUCGAAAAAUGAUCGUACGCACGCAGUUGGUCGUCGACCCCUUUCGGUUCUUCUACCUCGCCGCGACCAUGCAAUCCGCCGCCCGGCUUGUGUUAUUCAACCCGCUCGACGCGCCUGUCACCGUUCUGUGGAUGAAGGGGAACGUCACCUGCCGCGGGGAACACCUUGGCACGCUCGACGAAGAUCUAGACAAGGCCGGGAAAGCGGUGGUUAUCCCGCCUGGACAGACCGUGACGACCCAUACGAUGGAUAUGCGGCUGCUGAUUUCCGCAAAGGCUGUUGGAGCGGUCGUCUCGGCGGGAUGGGCGGGGAGGAUGGGUGCCGCCGGAGCCGCUGCGGGGGGCACCGGGAAGCAGCAGGGGCUGUUGAUGCCCCCUCUGAGCCCGUCGUCGUCGUCGUUGUCGUCAGCGGUGAAUGGCGUCCGUGCCCCAGCAGCGUUACAGCAUUUCAACGCGCAGUUCAUGCACACCCGGUCGCAUUCCGAACCACAUAUGCAACGGCCACCACCACCGCAGAUGGCGGGUCCGAAACGCGCCCCGGUGAGGGAGUUGCAGGCUGCGAGUGGGAGUGGGAGUGCGAGUGGGAAGGCGAGUGCGAGUGGGAAGGCGAGAUCAACCGCCCCCGCGUCACCAAUUCCCCCGUCAACUACAGCACCGCAACCCCGCGAAAAAUCCCGUACCUCCCUCGACCUGUUCACCCCCUCCCCCUCCCCGCUCUCCUCCUCCCGCUCCGACAUCGGCGACGACGACGAGAUCGAAGUCGCCUACCUCUCCCAUUCACGGCUAUCCGACACUCCCGAACGGAGGGAGAGCAAGCAGCAUCUGACGCUGUUUGAGGUGGAUGUCGAGUCCACGCUCGGGUGUAAGGUCGGCGAGUAUGUGGUCGAGUUGGAUUAUAGGCAGACGGGGGUGCCCGUGGGGUUCUCGUGAGGCGGGUGCUAGAGGCCGCAUUGGUGGAGGUGUACAAACAGUAUACUGGGUGCCACGUACCCCCAUCAGGCGUGUGCGUCAUCAACCCGUGCAGCGGCCACCGUUUCUAUGUGUUUUCCCCCCCACCUUUUACCGCGCGAGUUUGGCAAACGCCCGAAUUCGCUUUUGAUAUCCCCCCCCCUCCCCCCCCC